AUGUCAAAUUUAGAAAGUCUUGCUUUGUAUUUAAUGGUAAGCAAUCAUUUUAUGGACGAAAGAUUUAUUGAUGGAAAUGAUUUGAAAGAAAAUAUUAUUAAUCAUUUACCACGAUUAAAAAAAUUUGCAUUUAAUAUUCAUUCAAGAACAUUUUUUUUAAAUGAAAUUUAUUUACCUUCAAAUGCAGAUAUUAGAAAUACAUUCAUAAAUUUCAAAGAUAAUCAAAUUGUUUGUUCUGUCGAUUAUUCUCGACGGGAAAAAGUUGGUCAAUGUCAUAUUUAUUCUCUGCCAUAUACAAUAUUAUUUUAUAAUAAUAUAACCAAUAAUUUUCCAGGUGGACUAUUUAAAAGUGUUCGUCAAAUAUCAUUAUGUGAUGAACAUCCUUUCGAACAUGAAUUUUUUAUUCAAAUUGCUGAAGCAUUUCCAUAUCUUAAGAAACUACGUUUAACGAAUACACAAUCACAACAACACAAACAUUCUCAAUCUUCAAAAGAUACGAAGAAAAAAGAAUAUCCGAUUAUUAAAUAUUCUCAUCUUACUGAAUUAGAUCUUUUCCUUGUUCACAAUGAUUAUAUUGAACAAUUUCUUGAUCUUACUAAAACAUAUUUAUCAAAAAAUUUAAAACUUUCUGUCGAAUAUAAGUCUCUACGAUUAGUAACAGACAAUUUCACAAGAGAAACAACACGAAUGAAUUGUUCUAAAAUAAAUAAUAUACAAUUUUAUGAUAGAAUCUCUACAAUCCCCGAACAUUUUCAAAUGUAUUUUCCUCGUAUGAAAUAUCGAUCAUUGUUAUCUUAUUUUGAUAUAAACUAUUCAAGUAGAUGA